AAGGUCGUUGACCAGCUGAGGCCGAUGCCUGAGGAAGUGAUUGGUGCACGCCUCAUACCUCUUUUGCUGUCUCGGCAUAUUCUGCUUGAUUCAUUUGCUCAUCGGAAUUUAAUCCCAUUUGUUCUGCAGCCUGCCGUGAAUCGCAGCGAUAAAGUUGGUUUAUUAUGUGAACCUGCGUUCCGGAGAUGGGUUAUCCCUCAGGUGAUCAAGAUACUUCAUGUGCAUGAAACGACUGUUCGCUUGGCGCUUCUUGCUCAUUUUCACUUAUACAUGCGCUAUUUCACUGAGUCGGAGCUUCACACUGUACUUUUUGAGCUUUCACUGAGUAUGCAGGAUACAGACGAUAGGCUCGUAAGUGCGUCGCUUCAUGCUAUGGCUCAUCUAGUUACCGUAAUUGGUGGCCCUGCUGUAACAGGAAAACUGGAGUUUAUUCUUACGAGCAGCAAUAUGUAA